CAGUUGACGAUGUUUGUCUUGCUGUUAUAGCACCACUGUCCUCAGGGACACUUUUAACGCCUCCUUCGACGCUGCUAUUGCCCAAGCAAUAACACAACCGCAACGUCUUGCACCCCAACUACUAUACGACACAUACAACUGCACGCCUUCUCGACUACUUCAACGACUAUUAUCCUAAUCUCCUGAUCACGAAUCGAACUUCCUGUUUGGAUCCUUCAGCUCAACCCCCACACUUACACCCCAAAGUCGAAGCACUCUAUCUACCAAUAUGACGACCAAUAUGACUACCAACAACCCAGACACCCUAUGGGUGGCUCACGGUUCAGAAGAGCUCGAGGAGGCCGACGAACCGCCUGAGAUAACCCUCAAGAAGCAGCAGUUUACUGCCAACGAUUUCCAGCGAACUACCAUUCGACCUCCUACUGAAAAGUCCUCUCUGUUGACCAAGGCCAUCAAUGGAAACUCAGACGACGACCUCUACACUCCCCAGGCUAUCUCACGAUCCAUGGCCAACACCCAGCGACGUCGCUCCCUUGUUAGCAACAUCAGCCUCGCUUCGACCGCCGACCUCACGAGCGAUACUGGUUUUACUAGCCCUUCGAGACCGAGUACACCAAGCCCUCCUCUCCCUGAAAUGGCCAUGCUGCGCUUGCACGAUGGACGUGCUGCCGAGCCUACGCAUGUUUCUUUGCUAGGUGCUGCUGUCAGGCUACAGCAGGGCAAGACUGAGGAGCCUCGCAAGCGAAGCAUUCAGUUUGCAUGCGGUGGCAAGCCCGUGGUCCAAGAACAACCCCCUCGAUCCCAACCUAUGGUCAAAGCGCCUUCUGCUCAGGAAGCUCCUCGCAAGUCAUGCAUCAAGUUUGCAUGCCCAGCUCGACCCGCCUCUACUCAGAACACUCCUCCCCGGCACAUCGAGAACUGCGCCAAGAAGGACGUCACACCAAAGGCCGAAUCUCCCUCAACCCCCAAGCGAACUUCAGCCCUGGCGUUUGCCGCACCUCGCCAGGUCACACCUCGCCGACACUCCAUGUCGCGUCCUAAAUUUCUCCGCGCCAACUCCUCUGACCUUGCCACAGACAGCUCACAGUUCCACGAGUUUGCUAGUGGUAUCACCCGAGAGGACGAUUGGAUCCGACGUGAUAGCAAUGCUGUUGCAACUAAACUGACAAUCAAUGACACUCUGACCAAGGAGAACAACAUUCGACGUCUGGCUACCGAGGCAGAAGAAGAGGCGCAGGAGGAAGAAGACGAGCUCGAGGACGAGGAGGAUGCUGACGUUGACGACGAGGAUGAUGUGGACGAGGAUGAAGAUGAGGAUGAGGACGACGAACUCGAUGUUGAGCUCGACGAGGAUGAAGAGGACGACGAGGAGGACGAUGACGAUUCUGAUGGCUAUCACACCGAUGAAGAGACUGGAUUCGCCGACUCCGAUGAGGAUGAUGAGGACGAUGACAUGCGUCUCUGGACUCCUGGAGCCAAAUCUGUGGUUCAUAUCGGAUCGGGCGCUACUCUCAUGCGCCGCCCUUCCCUUCACGAGUUACAGUCUGACUCUUCUAUCACUACCGUGGAUAACCAGCGUGCCAACCGUCGCUCAAAGCGCGUCAGAUAUGCCGAGGAGGCUCCUGAUCUUCCCGACAGCACUGACUUUGUCUGCGGUACAUUGGAUGAGGACCGUCCUCUCGAGGAAGCUUACCUUUCAUGCCUCGCAGCUCGACGAAAUGAGAAGCUUCGCGUCAUUCCUCAGGAUAUCGACCCCAGUUUCCCUGCCUCUGAGCCUGAGGAGGAAAACGAGGGCGAGAUCUUCAACCCUGUUCAUCACUCAAGUGACGAGGAUGAUGAGUUCUUCCAGGGCAAAAUGGAGGAUCUUCAUCAUGAGCGUGACCGUCCUCGUCGCCGUCGCAAGAGCGAGCAUGCCUCUCCCAAGCGAUUCCGCUCUCCUCCCCCCAAGCGUCAUCACUCACCCCCUCCCAAGGUCCGAGGCCGAUCACCCAAGCCUCUGUUUGACCGUCAAUCCCCUCGAAAGGCCAAGUCCCCAGCUCCUAUGCGCAAGCCCAUCACUACUCCUCUUGGAUCUCCUCGCUGCGGCCAAGUCAACUUCAACCUGGCUGGUCGCCCUGGGCUCACUCACACCAAGUCUCUUCCACGUGGUGGUGCUAUGUGCCACCAGCGAAAGCAGGCCCGACACAAGGUCAAAUACGACAACGAUACCCACAUCCGUGGCGCUAUCGAUAUCGUCAAGGGUCUGGAGAGUAAGCGUCAGCGACGCAAGGAGAAGUUCCAUCAAAAGUACUGCAACCGCGCUCGACGUGGCCAGAUCCCCGAGCGCAAGCCUGUUCCCGGACGCGGCACGGAACGCAUGAGGGAACUCGGCCUUCUUAUGGCUGGCAAGAAGGACCAGACCAACUACGUCCUUUCCAUCUAAGCAUGCUUUCAAUUUAGACUGCGAGACACGUUACGACGAAGAUGAUACAUCUUACACGAUUUAACUUGAUGACUCAAAUGUCCUUUCUUCUUACACCUUCUCGGCUAGGUCUCCGAGAUUGUUUUACUGUAUAUACUGAUAAUGGACCCUGGAUGCUCGCAAUGUUCGAGAUUUCCUGUACAUACUUUUUCUAUCUUUUCUUUGUCAUACUGCAUAAAGCGGCCGGACAACGCUCGCUACUGGCGGAAAGGAGCUUAUUUUGAACUGCUUGGAUACCCAAUACAGCAUUUGGUAUUACUGGGUUACAUGCUCGGCGUUGGAUGAGAGGCUAUCAUGACAUAAAUGCAUUUAGCGGAAUAUCAAUCACGACAAUGAUUCUCUGCC